AUGGACGAGAAAUGCGACGGGCCAAUCGACAUCUCGUACAACUUUCAGUUUACCAACGGGUACAAGUUCAGCGAUAAGCACUUCAGCGCGGACGAGAUCGGCGUCAUGGAGACGAUGAUCACGUUCGUCUGCCUCCAGACGCUGCUCAUCGGGUAUUUCUUGUACGUGCGCAAGCUGCUGAAGUCGAUACACAAGAACCACCACACGGUUAAGAUGCUCGGGGCGUCAAUCUUCCUCGCGUGGUUUGCGCACGGCUGGAUCCUGAUUCACUACAUCUGGUUCGCCUACGACGGCCUCGGGUGGGUCGGGUUCAUAUACGUCGGCCGCUUGUUCCAGGGCGCGUCCGAGACGGUCUUCCUGCUCCUGUUGAUCCUGGUGGGCAAAGGAUGGACCAUCUGCUGCCGUAAGAUCUCCGCUCGCGGCCGCGUGAAAAUUGCCGUCUUUGGCACUGUUUACUCGAUCACCUGGCUCGCCAUCCCGACGUACUACUAUCUCUACGGCGACAGAGCGAGCACCCUGCACUUUUAUCAGAGUGCGUACGGUUACAUACUUCUCACGCUGCGGCUGUUCGGCCUCGGCUGGUUCCUCAAUGCGUGCACAAUUACUGUGAGAAAGUACAACGCCAAGGUUCAUUUCUACCACAAGUUCAUGAUGGCGAUGGCCUUGUGGUUCCUCGGUCUGCCCAUCAUGGCCAUCGCGGCGUCAGCCAUCACGCCGUGGACCAGGUUCCUCAUCAUCAACGCCCUGGACUGGACUUUCCUGUUUGUUUUCCAAUCGGUGCUGUGCUACAUGUACAACCCCGAGGGGAAGCUGAACAAAAAUUUCCCGUUUCACGCGACAACCACGGAG